ACUUUUUUCUCACUAAGGCAGUAAAAAAAGGGAAUCUCAGGCAGAUCGAGGCAGCUUUUGUUGGCUCCCCUCCCCCUUCCUUCCCUCCUGCCGUCCGCUCGGCAGCAGCAGCAGGACGGAGGUAGUUUUGAAGCCGUGGCAUGAAUGAUCUCAUCUGAACCUGAUCUCCGCUUCCACACAGUCGAUCCUAUGACCGAGACGGGAAUAAUAAAAUAACACAAACGCAAGGAGUCUUGCCUCAGACUGGCCUAAAAUGGGCAGAAAUGGUGCUGAACAAAAGCUGCUUGUCGCUCGUACAAAAGUACUUGAAGCGUUGCAGCCGGGACCAAGCUGCUAUGCUAUUGCCUGUGCCUCUCAACAGGAAAGAGAGCCAACAUGUUCCCGAAGGGCACAAAGCGCAAGUUCUCCGACUCCGGGGAGGAGCCGGUCCCCAGCGGCGAGCAGGGCCAGCCGGCUCCGUCCGCUGCAGCUCGGACGCUGUCGUCCUCCUAUAGCCUGCAGCGGCAGUCGCUGCUUGACAUGUCGCUGAUCAAGCUGCAGCUCUGCCACAUGCUGGUGGAGCCCAACCUGUGCCGCUCCGUGCUCAUCGCCAACACGGUGCGGCAGAUCCAGGAGGAGAUGACCCAGGACGGCACCUGGCAGAUAAUGACCCAGGCCCUGGCGGCUGCGCAGUGUCCCGCCGACCGCCUGGUGGCCACCGAGGUGCUCUGCCGGCAGACCGACAUGGCGGCUCAGGCCGGCCAGAGCCCCAAGCCGUUCUCAGUGGUGGGGCUGGAGGAAGGCUACCACUCGGAGGAGGUGGUGAUGGACGGAGACGGGGACACCGAGGUCACCAUGUCCACUUUGUCGACCGUCUCCCCCCAGCUCUCCUCGGCCUCGUACCUGCCGGGCCCCUUUGGCAUGGGGCCCUGCUGGGAGGAGGAGGAGGAGGAAGGUGAGUGUGAGGAGGAUGAAGAGGAGGACAGCGAGGAGUGUGUAUCGGAGGGGGAGGAGGCAGACCGGGACCACCUGACUGGAGACUCCAGGACAGGAGAGCAGGUUUUUGGGACUUUUGAGAUCAAGCACCCGGCGCCGCCCCCUGACCCCGCGCUCGAGGAGCUGUUUUCGGAUGUGGACGCCUCCUACUAUGACCUGGAUACCGUGCUCACGGGCAUGCAGAGCGCCCCGAAGAUGGGCCCCUAUGACCUCUUGGAGAGCCUUUCCUCUCACGGGCCCACGGCCCUCAGCUCCAGCACGAGCUGCAGGUCAGACCUAAACGAACUGGACCACAUCAUGGAGAUCAUAGUGGGCUCGUGAAACAUUCCUGUAGGCUGUACUGAUCUCAGACUCUUACCAGACUAUGCACAUCACACGUGUGCAUGUUCUGUAUGUGGUAUUGUUACAUGUGGACGUUUUUAGAUAUUUUGUGAACAAGGUGGGAAAUUAACACCAGCCGCCGGCCAAAUGCUAUUAAAUACUUUGGCGCUGGCUGGGUAGGUUUGUUGUCUGCUCUGUCAGCCACUUGGGCAAGUAGCCAGCCAUUGUUUGGGGCCUUUUGGUUUAUUCUAAAAAUGUCAUUGGCAGAUAAGGCAGUGAAAAUCAGUUUUCAUAAGUGAAUUUUUGCCACUGUGGCCAGCGUGCAAAACAGUUGGUUUCCUACCUUGUUUAUUAAAUCCAAACGUCAACAAUAUCUGAGAAGGCAAAGAUAAUUACCUAUACCAUGAUGCAUUUUUCCUUUUACAUACUUUCCAUGUUUACUUCUGUCAUACAUUCUCUCAUGCUAGGUCUUUUUGGUCAUGUUUUCUGCCAUUUUGUCCAUUUCUAUUUAUUGUUACAUGGACUGAGGAACAAUUCAUUACACUACAUGCACCAGAAACCAGAACAAAUUGUAAAUCCAAAUCUAUGAAUCAAUACAUAUUUUCCUAAAGAUUUGAGCAAUUAUGAAUGAAAUAUAUGUAUAUGUACGUAUGUGUAUAUAGAAAUAUAUUUUUUGCAUUAUACAGCUUGGGGAUUUUUGCAAGUAUCAUUUGAUAUUCUUUUCUUUCCUCCCAAGCGGUUUUUAAGAUUUUAAUGUAGCCAGACUCAACACAAUGUCUUCCCAUGGUUUGGUAUAUCAAGUUAUACUGUAAAGGUGUCAGGACUGGCAUUGUCACACUUUUAUGGGCACUGUUAUUUCAUUUUCUCAAUAGCUUUAUGCAGGGUGGGAAACUACAACUAGCCACCAACCAGACGCUGGUUAUGUUUUGUCUGUGAGGUAAGUUCGCCAACUCUUCCAGUCGCUUUGGGACGUAAAUGGACAUCUUUGGGACGUUCGGUUACGUCCUGAAAACCAAGUUGGCUGGAAAAAUGAUGAGGAGCCUGAGGACAAAUUAGUUUCCUGCCCGGGCUUUACACGUAGAUCUCAUAAAAUAACAUACCGCUUUUCUUGAAGCAUUUGGAGAAACCCCGGGGCGCUAAACUGCAUUAAGAAGCCAUAUUUCUUUCUGUCAUUUGUAGAAUUGCAAACAAAUUCUAUGUGUUGACCCAUCUAAUUUAUUGCUGUCUUAUUUAUUGUAUUUAUUAUAUCUAGGUACAGACAUGCCAUAACGACUUCUCAGAUCAUCCACAAGUCACAAUGAAAUUAUAGUUAUCCAAAUUUUGCCCUGCCUUUUUAAAUGCAGUACCUAUUUAUUCCUUGCAUUUUUAUUAUUAUCACUAAUAAUAACCGGGUUACUAUUCAAUUCACUAUGCAGCUCUGUCAUACAUGUUUCAAAAUGAUUGUAUACAAUUCAAAUGUCCUUUUAAUUACUUUAUGCAAACAGUUGCCUUUUCUCCUAAAGAUGUGGAAAAUUAAAUGCAUUUUCAAAAUUGUUCCUUGUUAUCACGAUGAGAUUAACUCAGGCAAACGUAUUGACAAAAAUACAGUAUUACGAUGCGCUUAAUACCUUACCACAACACUCCUCUGAAGGAUGUCACUCUGGUCUGAAUGGGAGCUAGAUUUUCAAAGACUAAUUACCGUUGUAAAAUGUAUGCAUUUUUUUAUAUUAAGGAAAAAACUUGUAGCAUCUUUGUAAAUAUUUUUUAUAAUAAAAGGUGCAACUAUU